AUGCGUUUCACCUCGGUCUUCGUGGCAGGCAUCCUAGCCGUGGUGGCCCACGGGCAGUCGACGGCGGGGACGACGGCGACGACCAAGAGCGCGGCGUCCAAUACCAGCGGCGCGGCACCCGAGGAGGCGAGCAUGAUGGCGUGCCUCAACGCGUGCGCCGACGGCGACGUUAACUGCCGGUCGCACUGCAUUGCCGUGAAUGCCACCAACGAGUGCGUGGCCGCGUGCCCGCAGGGCAACGGCACGGCCAGCGACAUCGCCCAGUAUCAGAAGUGCACGAGCGACUGCAUUGGCAAGUACUACUACACGACGCAGGGUGGCACGCCGCAGCCGACGUCUGGCGCGGGAGCCGGAGCGGGAAGCGGCAGCGGCAGCGGCUCCUCAGGCGGUGGCAGUGGCGGCGGUAGCAGCAACAACAACAGCACCAGCGGCGGUGGUGGUGGCGGCAGCAACUCGGGGGCCACGACCACCGAGGGCGCAGGCGUGUCGGCGACGGGCACGUCGAAGCCGACGACGGUGCCGUCGUCUGCGGCUGAUGCGCUGCGCGUGGCGGCCGGGUCGGCGGUUGGCGCGCUGGGCUUCAUGGCGGCGCUGCUUGCCCUGUAA